AUGCCAGAGGAUGAGGUGGUCAGGGACCUCAAGAAACAGCUGAUCCGGCAGGGCUCCGAGAAGGCCAAAAGCUUCAUUCGUCGCAUCAGCCCUGUGGAAGACACUGAGGGUGAUCCCAUGCAUCGGGUCAGCAGCCAUCCUGCAAUGCAUCGCGCGAACCUGCUUUAUCCGGAGCUUGGCCGUGCCGGUGAUUUGGCGCAGCCUGGGGGCUUCAGACGUCAUCAUUUGCAGCAGCGGAGACCAAGCAUGGAUCAGCAGUCUUUGUUGAACCGCUUGCUGGACCCUCGUGUUCAGAGAUAUUUCGAAGCCGAGCUGAAAAAAGGCAGGCAGGAAGAGGAGAUUGAAGCAUUGGAGACUGCAGAUGCCGGUGGCUCCUCCAAUUUUGGCACUGUCUUGCUGAUAUUGAAAUCAACCAUUGGCGGCACACUAAUCAUUAUUCCAGGUGCAUUUUCACACACUGGUCUGCUCGUAGCUCCGUUGCUGCUUCUCAUAGUUGGUGGUGCCGAGAUUUAUUGUAUGGUCCUUCUGGUUGACUGCGUCCGCAGCUGUGGUGGCAGCUAUGGCGAGAUUGCGCGGAAAGCAGUUGGAGAAGCUGGCAGCUUUGCAGUUGAAGCCUCGGUGUUUCUUUCACAAGCUGGAUUCGUUUGUGCGGAGAUGCUCUAUGUCGCGAAGAACUCUGUCCCACCACUUAAGGCGAUGGGUCUUCAAUCCUGGUGGCUGUCGGAGUCGACCAUCCUCCUGCUGCAGCUGCUGGUAGUCAUCCCAAUGUCAUGGAUUCGACAGCUGAAGUAUUUUCAGGUCUCCAACCUCAUCGCCAAUGUGACCGUGGCGUUGGCACUGGCCAUUCUGUUGGCCUACUCACUGGUGGGCUUAGCAGACCAUGGACCUGGCGAGGGAAUUCAACUGGCAGGUCCCAACUGGAUGGUCUUCGCUGGAACCGUGGCAUUCUCUUUUGAAUGCAUCAACUUCGUCAUACCGAUGUAUGACGCGCACGACAACAAAGAGACCUUCACAGCAAUUUUGGUGCUAACCCUCCUGGGGGUUUGUGCCCUCUUUAUCAUUUUUGGUGCUGUGAAUUAUGCAUACUACGGUGCCCAGACACAGCCAGUCAUCACUCUGAAUCUGCCGCGAGAAUCUUCAGUAAGCCAUUUUCUGCCGUUGGCUUUUGCUUUGGCUUCCCUCUUCAAUGUGCCAUUGUUCCUUCUACCAGCAGCUCUGCAAUUAGAGGUUUAUUUCACUGGAGCAGUUGAUGUAUGGAAGAUCAAUGCAAUGCGAGCAAUCCUCAUUUGUGGCUGUGCCGUCAUAUCCCUCAUUGGAAAGGACAGCAUCGAUGCAUUCAUUGCGCUGAUCGGAUCAUUCUGCUGCGUUCCACUCGCUUUCAUUUUCCCAGUCCUUUGCCAUUUCAAGCUAUGUCAGCCAGAGGGAAAGAAAGUCCUACUGAAUGUAGCUGUUCUUCUCUUAGGCCUAGCACUUUUUGUGUACACAAGCCUCUCGUCUUUGAACCAGAUGGGUUUCCUGCGCAACGAACGCAUUGCUGAAUUCAUCUGA